AUGACGCCAUAUCGUGGUGAAAGAUAUCAUCUUCCAGAGUGGUUGGGGUCUAACCAGUUGCCCGACAAUGCUCGUGAGUUGUUUAACAGAAGACAUGCCACUGUCCGUAACGUUAUCGAACGCAGCUUCGGUUUGCUAAAAGGGAAGUUUCCCAUCAUAAAGGGGUUGAUGCCAAAUUACAAAGUUCACUCGCAAACCGACAUUGUAAUAGCUUGUUGUGUUCUACACAAUUUUAUUCGGAUGCAUGAACCGCUAGAAAACAUGUCCCCUGAAUUCAUAAACGCAGAGUACGUACGGCGACAUGAUCCUCGGGAUCGUACUUUUCCUUUCAUGUCCAAUGAUGGGAACGUGAACCCCAGCGUUGGUGAGCAUUGUGUGUUGCGUGACACGAUAGCCCAAGCCAUGUGGGCGAACCGAAGAUAG